AUGGCCAUGAUGAAGAGGAGACGCAAGGAUGAGACCAGCGUACAGGUGGACGCAGCUGACGAAGUUAAAAAACAGAAGAUAGAUACAUUAGGAGGCAGCAAGUAUACCAACAAGCAACGUGUGCUCGUAUUCUCAUCACGUGGCAUCACGACGCGGUACCGCCACUUGAUGGAUGAUUUUCGAAAGUUAUUGCCUCACCACAAGCGCGAGGUGAAGCUUGACGCCAAGGAUACACUGCACGUAGUAAAUGAGAUUGCGGAAAUCAAAGGAUGCAACACCACCAUCUUUCUAGAAGCUCGAAAACGCCAGGACCUUUACAUGUGGAUUAGCCGUGUCGGCACGGGCCCAAGCGUAAAGUUUUUGGUGCAAAACGUCCACACAAUGGAUGAGCUGAAAUUAACGGGCAAUGCUCUGUCCGGAUCGCGUCCGCUACUGACUUUUGACAAAGCUUUUGACGAAGCUCCACAUUUACAGGUGAUCAAGAAGCUUUUUACGCAGGUGUGGGGUACACCUAAGGCGCAUCCAAAGAGCAAGCCAUUUAUUGACCGCGUCAUGAGCUUUUACUAUGCGGAUGGUAAAGUCUGGGGCCGCAACUACCAGCUAGCAGAUGAUGCUGAUACAAAAAAGGUCGAGUCAGCCGCUCUCCACCGUGGCGAAGAUCUCAUUCAGCUUAUUGAGAUUGGCCCACGCUUUGUUAUCACACCCAUUCGUAUCUUUGAUGGAAGUUUUGGUGGCCAAACUUUGUACCAGAACGACCAAUACGUGUCGCCCAACGAAAAUCGUCGAGAUGCCAAAGCUGAUAAACGUGAUCGUUACGUGUCUCGCAAGAGUGCACAGGGUGAACGUAAGGAGCGUCAGCCUGAGCGCGAGAUGCCGGAGGACCAGUUUGCCGAUGUCUUCACCGGUAGUAAGCAGUGA